GCCGCAGAAAAUGGCAGAAAUUUUCGCAGAGGCGGCAAGAAUUCAUACAGAAGUGGCCGAAGCUCCCACGGAAAUGACGAAAACUUCUAGGGAAUUGACCGAACCUCGCGAGGAAGUAAAAAUAACGUCCAAAGAAGUCGGUGGAUUGCCAACAGAAGUGACGGAGAUUAUUAAGGAAGUGGCUAAGCUUCCGGUAGAAGUUGCAAAGACUUCCACAGAAGUGGCCGAACCUUCCAAAGAGGCAGCAAAGACUUCUGGAGAACUCGCCCAGACUUUCAAAGAGACAGCAAAGGCUUCCAGAGAACUCGCCGAACCUCCCACAGAAAUUGCGAAGACUUCUAAAAAAGUGGCAGAACCUCCCACAGAAACUAGAAAGACUUCUAGGAAAGUGGCAAAACCUCCCACAGAAAUUACAAAGGCUUCUCAAAAAGUGGCAGACCCUCCCACAGAAAUUACAAAGACCUCUAAAAAAGAGGCA